AUGAUUUUCUCAGUCGUCCUAAUAUUGGUAUGCCUUUACCUUUUAGUUCUCAAAACCCAGCGGCCCAGGAAUUUUCCUCCAGGCCCCUUUGCUCUGCCUGUUUUGGGAAACCUUUUAAAUCUGAACCUGGAGAAUCCCUUGAAGGAUUUUGAGAGGCUGAGGAGAACUUACGGAAAUAUCUACACCCUGUUCAUUGGCCGCAAUCCAACUGUUGUCAUCAAUGGGUUAAAGGUCAUGAAGGAGGCCAUGGUGACCAAGGGGGUGGAAUUUGCUGGACGACCCCAAGACCUUUUCGUCAAUGCUAUCACCCUGAAAAGAGGAGUGAUUCUGGCCGACUAUGGGUUAAACUGGAAGGAGCACCGUCGCUUUGCUCUGAUGACUCUGAGAAACUUCGGGAUGGGGAGGACCUCAAUGGAGGACCGGAUUCAUGGGGAGAUUCAGUACCUCAUCAAAACUCUGGAGAGCAAUGUUGGUAAAACCAUGAGUCCUGAGCGCAUGUUUCACAAGGCAGCGUCAAAUAUCAUCUGCCAGGUUCUGUUUGGAAAACGCUACGAAUAUGACGAUGACUUUAUCAAAGAGAUACUUCCGUUGUUCUGUGAAAUUGCCAAGCUCAUCAAUGGCCCAUGGGCGAUGCUGUACGAUUCCUUUCCCUUCAUUCAGAACCUGCCGCUACCCUUCCAAAAGGGCUUUAGAAAUGUAGAGAGAAUUCAGACUCUUAUUGGGGGUUUGGUGGCUGAGCACAAGAAGACCAGAGUCCCCGGAGAGCCUCGAGACUUUGUUGACUGUUACCUGGAUGAAAUGGAUAAGAGAGUCGAUGACUCUUUCUUUUGUGACGAGCAGCUGACAAUGAUUGCUCAGGAUCUUUACAUCGCUGGGACCGACACCACCUCCAACACCCUGCUGAGCAGUUUUCUUCACCUUACAAACAAUCCACACAUUCAAGAAAGAGUCCAGCGGGAGAUCGAUCAGGUGCUGGAAGGGAAGGCUCAGGCCACUUUUGAGGACAGACACAAAAUGCCGUAUGUUCAGGCUGUGAUCCAUGAAAUUCAGAGAAUGUCCAAUACUGUUCCGCUCAGUGUUUUUCACUGUACCACCAAAAACACAGAACUCAUGGGAUAUUCACUUCCAAAGGGAACCAUGAUCAUUCAGAACUUGACCUCGGUGCUGAACGAGGAAGGCCAGUGGAAGUUCCCUCAUGAAUUCAACCCUGAAAACUUCCUCAACGACAAAGGAGAAUUCUUCAAACCGGAGGCCUUCAUGCCUUUCUCUGCAGGUCCUCGGAUGUGUCUCGGAGAGGGUCUGGCUCGCAUGGAGCUCUUCCUCAUCCUGGUCACUCUGCUGAGGCAGUUCAAGUUCAUCUGGCCUGAAGACGCAGGAGAACCAGACUUCACUCCUGUCUAUGGAGUCACUUUGACUCCGAAACCAUAUCACAUGAAGGUGGAGCUCAGAUCAACCAAAGACUGAGAGAACUACAACAAACCUGUGAAUCUGCAGAUUCUUUCAAAGUAAAUCAUCUUCCUUCUUCUUGUUAAAGCUGCUCUAUUAAUUUGUCCUCUCAGCAUAUCAACUUCCUCCAUUUUUUGUCCAGUCUACCGACUCCUCACUGCAUUUCCAAACAUCUCAACUACCGUCUUUAUCUCCGAGCCGUCCUUCUGAUCUGGUCAUGUUUUCAUUUUUCUUUUGAUUUAUGGGUUAGUCUUUCAGUUUAGCGAAGAUUCAAGCCAGUGGAAAAUGUACAAUUUCAUCUGAUGGCACAAAUUGAACCUUAUUCUCAACAUAUCUCUCCAUUCAACAUUUAAUGAUUUUACGUUCGAAUUGAAAAUCUUGUGCUGAAAGUUGUGUCUUCUUUGGAGUUUGAAGCUGUUUUUUUUUUUUCCUUUUUGAUUCUGU